CCUAAUGGGGGAAAUCGGAAAAAUAGAUUCAUAAAUUAAAAACACAGCAUGACCUGCUCUGCCGCCAGAUAUGUUAUAACCCAUAUUCCUUCUCUUGCGUAAAAAUGCAUUAAUACCACGUAGGAUUGUUUAUUGCUAAAGUGUAAUAGUGUGAGACGCGGUGUUUUUUUUAUUUUUUUUGGUUUUACUAUCAUUAUUUUUAAGUAGUUAUUGUUGCGUGAUGUGGCGUUUGAGCAAGAUUAGUGCUAAAUCAAAUUAAAGUUGGAAACCAAAGUCAGACAGAAGCGGGCCGUUGUUGGACCUGGCCUUCUCCACCACUGCCUGUGUACUGCAGCCUGCAUUAGUCAACAGCUGCGUGCAUUUUAAUUGACAGCACCGGGCUACCUCAAUGAGAAAAACAGAUUUUUGCGGACGACUUUGUUCACGUUUGUCGAGAGGAAUCCGGGAGCCCGUCGCUUCGGCCGCGGGACAGGCGGGCUGGUGUGCGCCUCGAUCGUCCGCGGGUCGAUCGGAAACCAUGCAAAGGCUGCCCCGCUCGAUCUCAAUCAGGAGCUGACUGUGUAAUCUCCAUCGCUGUGGCGCAAAAUGGAUGCUGCCUGGAGCAAUUUUCUCUUCCAGAAUACUCCCACCCAAAACCAAGUGGAGGGGAGCCUCCAAUCAGAGCUCAUGCAAGUGCAUACGAGUUCUCCCCAGACCCCACCCCCGGAGCACAUAGCACAGCCUCCUUCGACUGUGGACACUACUGCUCUCAGCGAGGAACCCCUGCCUGUGAAGCCAGUGUCCCGGCCGACCCGCGUGCAGCACAUCUGUGCCAUCUGCAACAAGCAGUUCAAGAACAACUACAACCUGCGGCGGCACCAGUCGGUCCACACUGGGGUACGCAUGAAGGACAGGGCCAGAGAGCAGGCGGAGGGAGCAAAGGAGGGAGCCACCAGCCAGGUGGUGGUGGCGGCGGCCCCGUCGGCGAUGGCGGUGGGGGCCGGAGGGAGGGUGGAGAGGACCACGGUUCCCCUCUCCCUGCUGCACCUCUCCGCGCCUCCCCCUCUCGCCCCUCCCGGCCUGCUGACGGGCGCCCAGCAGCCCCUCCUGGGUGGUCAGGAUGGUGAAGGGGUUGCCAUGCCAAACAUGAUGGCUAGUGUUAACCCUCAUGCUCCGCCUCCUGCUGCUGUCGUCAUGGCCACAGGGGCGACAGUACAGCGGCCCGCAAACCCCAACCCCAACCCCGUGAGGAAGAACCACGCCUGCGAGACUUGCGGGAAGGCCUUCCGGGACGUUUACCACCUCAACCGCCACCGCUUGUCCCACUCGGACGAGAAGCCUUUCUCCUGUCCCAUCUGCCAGCAGCGCUUCAAGAGGAAGGACCGCAUGAGCCACCAUGUGCGCUCGCACCAGGGCGGCGUGGAAAAGCCCUACAUCUGCCCUCACUGUGGCAAGGCUUUCUCCAGGCCGGACCAUCUCAACAGCCACGUCAGACAGGUGCACUCCUCGGAGCGACCCUUCAAAUGCCCCACCUGUGAGUCCAGCUUUGCUACGAAGGAUCGCUUGCGCGCGCACAUGAUUCGCCACGAGGAGAAGGUGCCCUGCCACAUCUGUGGGAAGCUCCUGUCCGCCGCUUACAUCACAGAUCACAUGAGGGUGCACAACCAGUCGCAGCACCACGCCUGCCAUCUCUGUAACCGCAGCUUCACCACACUGACUUACCUUCGAGUCCACGCCCAGAAGCACCACGGCCAAGAGUGGAAGGACAGUCCGGGGGGCUUCGGCGGCACCACCUCAGGCGGCGUGCUCGUCUGCCACUUGUGCGGCGUCCACUGCAAGACGCCCACCCAGCUCCAGGGCCACAUGGGCACCCACAGCAACAACCAGGCCGCCCCGAGCCCCAUCACCUCUAACGUGGCCGCCAGCAGCUCCAUCUCCCUUAGCAACAUGGUGACAUCACCGACCGUCUACGUCACUGGUAACACGGUGGUGGACCUGCUCGUCACAGACUGCUCUAGCAUCGCAGCUCCACAGUCCCACAGUUAGCAGCAGGGAGCUCAGCUGCAAUAACCUCAGUCCCUUAGCAGAGGGCACGGUUAGAGAAGGUUGAAGUUACUCGUAGAUGCUGACCCGGUUUCGGUUUUGUCACUUGUACUGUUGGUAAGGUUAAGAUGAAGGGUCGGGGCGCUAGAGAAUCAUUUUCGUUUAAGAGAGGACUGAAGUCAUGACGAGGAGGUCUUUGUGGCUGGAGCAGGUCCACUGACACUAACGACAAAAAUGGAUGUGUUAUCCAAAUAUCCCACAAAUGCUCUCAAGCAUUUUAAGACUCCAGUGAAACUGUGGUAUUGUGAGCAUCUACUGUAUUACUCUGCCCUCUCUCUCCCUCUUUCUGUCUCUCUGCCCUGUCCCUCCCCUCAACCCUGGCAUUGGCUGCUCUCUGCAAGUGCACCAAGUACUGUAUAUCUCACACCAGCUCUGAUCUUACCUCCAUUUUGCAGCUCACUUACUAAGAAUCCAAAUGGCUUGCGUUAAGAAGUAGCAGGGAAAGAAUAACUUUCAGAAAACAAAAAAAAAACAAAAAACAAAACAAACAAAAAAAAAACAUAGAAGGGAAGAUGUGUGUUUGGGUGUGCGUAAGUCUGGGCUCCUCUCGCAUGUUAGCUCGUUUGGUCACAAAAUUAGGAUUUGGUUUGAAGCUGGGAUGUUUUGUUUUUUUUAAGUCUUUCUACUUGUGGGAUGUCUAGAGAACGAGACAGAAGACCACACGUGUUGUGGUCGGUGUGGAACUGUAGGACGUACUUGUUCAUUUAUUUCCUAAAGGUACCGAGAUAAGAGGAGAGUAGCGUUCAGGAGCGUCAAGCACCUUAAACCAUUAUCGUUGGAUUCAGUAAGGAUCAAUAUGGGGUUGGAGAUUCCUUGGAUUUUUCUUGCUCUGAGUCUUCCUCUCUGGUUCUGGCCUUUUUUUUUAUUUUAUUUUAUUUUAACAGGAAAAAAAAAAAAAAGAAAUGACUGCUAAUCAACACUAAAGCUUCUGACAUGGCAAUUCUUGCACCUGAGGUCUACCUUUUGCAUGAAAACAAGCUAGCUCAGUCAUGCUUAUUGUUAUGGAGCUGUCAUGGAAAAGAAACUUUUAGCAGUUCCACUAAGUUAGUUGGCUGUAAACAAUAAUAAUUAUUAAAAUGUUGAUUUUAUUCAGAUCUUUUCAACAUCGUUGGCCAUUCAUUUGAUUGUAACCGUCAUUGCCAUAGUCCUCCGUUUCCUCUAUAUGUACCAGUCCACUGAGUGAAACUUAUGCAUUAGAUUUAGUCAUUGAACUCUCUGUAUAGCACAUAAUGUUUUCAACGCAAGUCAUUACCAUUCUGCAUUAAUCAUGUGAAGAAUGCUCACUUGUUCAUUGGAUUAUUUGAUUGCUUUGAGUUAUAUUGUGAGUGAUGAUUUGUGGAGUCGAAAGGGCUUAUAACGUCAUAAGUCAGGCAAAGAAGUACAACGGGAGGUUGACGACGCCACUCGGUAUGCUGUAAACAAAUCCUGGUUUUGUACUGGAGUGCUCUUUUCAGUUUUGUGUUGAUAUGUUACCUUGAAAUUUGUAGUUGUUUCUUUCUUCCUUUUCUUUCUUUAAAAAAAAAAAUGUGUUCUUCCUGUUGAGAAAAUUAGUGAUUUAUUACCAUUUAAUUUUAGCUUUUCUCCAUUACACUAAGAAAAAAAAAAUAAUAAUAAUACCUCUACUCUAGGAUUCUGUACAGCUCUUGUGAUACAUCUUAAUGCCUUAUCGUACUCAACUGCAUUUUAAUUCUUUUACGAUAAAAUAUUUCAAAUCUUAGUCAUGGAUUCAUUAAGAAUAUUAAUGGGAUGUAUUUAUAUUUAUAUUUUUAUAUUUCUCAACAGUAUGCAUGUCUAAAAGGUUGUUAGAGCAAAAAAAAAAAUCAAUGAUGCUUACUACAGUCAUAAAUAUUAUGUUAUUUUGUAGAUGAAGUAGAGAUCAUGUUAUUAUUUUGUAAUUUGGACAAUUUAAAGUAAAAGGAGUAAAUGGG